UCCCUUUCUCUCUCCUUCAGCACUUAGCACUGCGAUCAUGGCUCAUUCUCCUCUCCCUCCUCUCUCUCUCUCUCUCCUUCACUCCUCUCCGCUGCCUGUCUUUUUUCAUUCACACGUUCCUCCAUCAAGCGGAUGUUUCUUCCAAAUCAGCACUGCACUGGCCAAGCCGCACCCCGCUAGUUUUGGGAGGGAAAAAAAGAGGUUAAACUAAAAAUCUUUUGACCUCUGUCUUCUCAGCACUUUCUUCAGCAGGAACCUGUUUUGAAAGGACACGGCUGUAUGGUUUAAAUUUGGCUUGUCCUAUCCUUGCCUCUGUGUGGAUAUCUCUCUCUUUAUGUGAAAUAGUUUGACACUGUCCUUUUGCUAAACGCCUGUGUUUUUUCUGACUGGCGGUCUUAUUGCGGUAGUCAGGGAAACCCCCCUACCUUGGUAUUCUAAGGGGGAGGGGGAGACUCACUGAAGCAGAAAUCAUAGUAGGGUAAAAAUAGAGAAGAAGAAGAAGAAGAAAAAGAAGAAGAAAGAGAGGAACAGAGAAAAGUGGACCAGAAUCAGAAGAAAAAGACAUCAUUUGUUAUCAGGGACUGGAACUGCUUAGAAUUCCUAAAGCGGAGAGAGUGAAAGCAAGAGAGCAAGAGAGAGAGAGAGAGAGAGAGAGAGAGAGAGAGAGAAUCACAGUAAGUCACACACAAGCAAUGCUGAACGCAGCAUGUGCCACUCUACAGACUCUGUCACUUUAUGAAGAGGACUGUAUUCUCUGAGCACGGGAACCUCCAGGACAUUUCAUCAUCUCUGUUUCGUCGUACACACAGAAGGACGCAGCACAGAUGAAACAGGACAUCACUGUCUUCUCGAAACCCUGCAGGCUCUGAAUCAGCAUCAGCAAGUUCCAGCUCGGACCUUGUGAAGUUUUUGCUACUCCGUCCUCUUCUGCCUCAUUCUGCUCCUGUUCAGGGAAUUUAGCCAGUUCUCUUCUAGCCAUGCAGGUGUCCUUUGCAUGCACAGAUCAUGGGCUAAAGGCACCACGGAACAAUGAGCCAACCAAGCAAAACACAGCGAGUCCGAACACAACAAGUGCAGCCCGGGCUCGGUUUCGCACAGUGGCGCUAAUCGCUCGCAGCCUGGGAUCCUUCACACACCGCCACCACAUCUCACUGAAGGAGUCCACAGGCAAACUCACUGGCAUGAAAUACAGGAAUCUUGGGAAAUCCGGAUUGCGAGUAUCAUGUUUGGGACUUGGAACAUGGGUGACAUUUGGGGGUCAGAUUUCCGAUGAGGUUGCGGAGCAGCUAAUGACUAUAGCCUAUGAGAACGGGGUUAACCUCUUCGACACAGCUGAGGUUUACUCAGCCGGGAAAGCAGAAAUAAUUCUUGGAAAUAUCAUCAAGAAGAAAUGCUGGAGGAGGUCGAGUCUAGUGAUCACUACCAAACUUUACUGGGGAGGAAAAGCAGAAACAGAAAGAGGUCUCUCAAGGAAGCAUAUUAUUGAAGGUCUGAGAGGGUCUUUACAGAGGCUACAGUUAGAAUAUGUGGACGUCGUCUUUGCCAAUAGGCCUGAUAACAACACUCCUAUGGAGGAGAUCGUGAGGGCAAUGACUCAUGCUAUAAACCAGGGAAUGUCCAUGUACUGGGGGACAUCACGCUGGACAGCCAUGGAGAUAAUGGAGGCAUACUCAGUGGCAAGGCAGUUUAACCUGAUCCCUCCCGUGUGUGAACAGGCCGAGUAUCACUUCUUCCAGAGAGACAAAGUGGAAGUGCAGCUGCCUGAGCUGUAUCAUAAAAUAGGUGUGGGUGUGGUGUCCUGGUCUCCUCUGGCCUGUGGAAUCAUCACAGGAAAGUAUGAAAAUGGUGUACCAGAAUCCUCUAGGGCAGCAAUGAAGUCAUACCAGUGGCUGAAGGAUAAGAUAGUGAGUGAAGAUGGAAGAAAACAACAGGCUAAGCUGAAGGAGCUGAGUCACAUUGCAGAAAAGCUGAGCUGUACACUACCGCAACUUGCCGUGGCUUGGUGCUUACGGAAUGAGGGUGUGAGUUCAGUUCUGCUAGGGAGCUCUAACCCUGCACAACUCACAGAAAACCUAGGUGCAAUACAGGUGCUUCCAAAGAUUACACCUCACAUUGCCUCAGAGGUUGACAAAAUUCUGGGCAACAGACCCCACAGUAAGAAAGACUAUCACCACUGAGGGAUUCUGGGACUGAAACGGAUGUGUGUCAUUCCUGAUCUGUCCGCGUGUCUCUCAUCUUUUAUGUGGCAUUACUGUAGACCAUUGCUGUUCUAUUAUCAUAAAGGCAGUAUAUUCUGCCCAUACUGUUUCAGUGUGUCUUGAGUCAGUCAAAAGAGCCGUGCAUGCUUAAGUGUGUCAAUGCUUGAUCAUCCCUCUUUUGUCUCCUCGAUUACUUCGGACGUUAGAGGACAAGUCUGUUUGAGUCAUCGUGCCUGAUUAGGCUUUAACAUUUAAUUAAGUGUAUUUUGAUAAGAGACAGUGGAUAAAGAUGCCUGUAGGAUUACACAAUGUGAUCCUGAUAUACUGUACAAGCUGCAGCAGCAUAGAACUGAUGGACAAAUACUGUGCUUUCCAAACUGUGUGACAUUUUGAAAUUCCUUUUUCAUACCAAUGUAUGCCUGUUGUCUAUUCACAGUUGUGCUGUGUUCUGUUUUUACCACAGAUAGAUAUGUACCUAUUCCUGAGAAUCUGCUAUUCUGCUGCUGGAUUUGCAACUUACAUUCAGACAUUGUUUUGUGUUUUAUUUUAAUGGCUUUGUUUGCAAAUGGCAGUGGUCAUGCUGGUGUAGUUGCUUGUGUUUAAGCUGCUCCUGCAGAUUUCAGAUUUGGAGAGAGAUGGAGUAUGAUGCAUAGCAUAAUACUAUUUAUUUAAAUCUGACUGUUCCAAUGAAAUGGUCAAAGUGUUUACAGAUUUGUGAUAUAGGCUGUAAAGGCUCACCAUUCAGUUUGCUUUUAGAAAUGAAAUAAAAGAAAAAGCUCCUAUACAAAUUGCUGGGUCAUUUUUCUUGCAACUCAGUAAAA